AAAGAAUCGAUUUAAUUUUUACUGUAGCCCAGGACCCAACUUACUUAAAUCUUUCUUGCCGAAACCCUAAAUACAGUGGCAUCUUGCUUCUCCAUUUCUUCAUUGUUCAGUCCGCGCGAUGCUGCAAAUCCAGUUCCCUGCUCGAAUUAUGAAGUCAUUCUUCUCUAUGUCCUCUCCACCCACAUCAAGCGUCGCCUUCUCUACCUUGCAAGAACUCUCUGCUAACCACAGAGGUUUGGCAAAAGUUAUGUUAAAGAAGGGUAAGACCCAACUUUUCAAGGAUGGAAGUCCCAUGGUUUACAGCGGCGCUGUUGAUAGAAUAAUUGGCCGGCCACCGCCAAAAACUGGUGAUGUUGUGUUGGUGGCAGAUGGAUCAGAGAAACCUAUUGGAUGGGGUCUAUACAAUUCAGCAUCGAUGUUCUGUGUUCGCCUUAUGCAGCUAGAAGAUGAGGUCAUGAGGGAUUCAUCUUGUGCAUUAGACAUGGAAAAACUGCUCAAUAGAAGGUUAGAUGAUGCCAUGAAUCUAAGGAGGAGUUUGGGGCUUCCAUCAGCUGACACAAAUGCAUAUCGUCUUGUCAAUAGUGAAGGGGACAGAUUGUCUGGCCUUAUUGUUGAUGUUUUUGGUGAUAUUGCUGUUGUAGCUUCCUCUGCUGCUUGGGUUGAGAAAUACCGACCUGAAAUAGAGUCAUGUGUUGGUAGGAUUAGCGGAGUAACUUAUAUUAAUUGGAGGCCAUCUAUUGACAUUUUAAAAGAAGAAGGAUUGGAUGUAUCUAACCUCAUGAACUUCAAGUCCUGCUCUCAUGUGGAAAAAGUUGAGGUAAUUGAGAAUGGUAUAUUCUACUCAGUUUCACUGGAGGGCCAGAAAACCGGUUUUUAUGCAGAUCAACGUGAGAAUCGCCGCCUUGUACAUUCCAUCUCGAAGGGCUGGAGGGUACUCGAUGUUUGUUGCUAUAGUGGUGGUUUUGCUCUUAACGCAGCAGCAGGAUGUGCUGAUCAUGUUAUUGGCCUUGAUUCUUCAUUGGCUGCCUUGGAACUUGCAGAAGAAAAUGUUCAUUUAAAUAAUCUUGAUCCAGGCAGAAUCUCCUUUUUGAAAGAAGAUGCUGCAGAAUUUAUGAAAAUGGCUGCAUCCAAAAAUGAAAUGUGGGAUUUAGUCAUCCUGGAUCCUCCAAAACUAGCACCUCGUAAAAAGGUUCUGCAAAACGCAUCUGGCAUGUAUAGGAGUUUGAAUUCUCUAGCAAUGCAGAUCACUAAAAGAGGCGGCCUCCUCAUGACAUGUUCUUGUUCUGGAGCUAUGACCCAAAGUGGUUUAUUUUUACGAACCCUUCAGGGAGCUGCGACAAUGGCGGGUAGAAAGCUUACAGUGCUGCGCCAUGCAGGAGCUGCUUGUGAUCAUCCAAUCGAUCCAUCAUACCCAGAAGGUGCUUAUCUCACCAAUUACUUGCUCAGAGUACUGUGAGAAUUUUUUACAAAACUGCAUAUGCAAGUUCGUUUAGUUUUGUAGAUGAUGAUGAUUAUAGUUCUAAAAUUUUAUGAAGAGCAAUAGUUUUGUAUUAUUUUUUAAAAUUGCGUGAACUCUAUUUGAUAUA